AUGGUGUGCUCUAUUGACGCACGUACGCACCGUACACACACAGACAGAAGCACACACGUCAUAUUCCUGCUUUCACAUCGCGUAAUUAACAUCACUAUGGAUAUAGGCACUACAGUACAUCAGUCCACUCAUCAGGGAGAGAGACAUGAGGGAGAGAGGGGGAGAGAAGAGAUGGAGAUGGAGGGAGACAUGAGGGAGAGAUGGAGGGAGACAUGAGGGAGAGAUGGAGGGAGACAUGAGGGAGAGAUGGAGGGAGACAUGAGGGAGAGAUGGAGGGAGACAUGAGGGAGAGAUGGAGGGAGACAUGAGGGAGAGAUGGAGGGAGACAUGAGGGAGAGAUGGAGGGAGACAUGAGGGAGAGAUGGAGGGAGACAUGAGGGAGAGAUGGAGGGAGACAUGAGGGAGAGAUGGAGAGAGACAUGAGGAGAGAUGGAGGGAGACAUGAGGGAGAGCUGGAGGGAGACAUGAGGGAGAGAUGGAGGGAGACAUGAGGGAGAGAUGGAGGGAGACAUGAGGGAGAGAUGGAGGGAGACAUGAGGGGAGAUGGAGGGAGAAUUGAGGAGGUGGAGACAUCAUGGGAGAGAUGGAGGGAGAACAUGAGGGAGAGAUGGAGGGAGACAUGAGGGAGAGAUGGGGGGAGACAUGAGGGAGAGAUGGAGGGAGACAUGAGGGAGAGAUGGAGAGAGACAUGAGGGAGAGAUGGAGGGAGACAUGAGGAAGAGAUGGAGGGAGGGGGAGAGAAGUGUGUUUCUACAGAAACAGACAUGUUUGAUAGAGUUGCUAGCGAUCAUGUGUGGUCGAGCAGAUAUUCAAAGCCUUUCCUCAUUUGACACCACUCACUAACCCUGUGCCCCUGAAUAGGUCACAAUAACUACUUCAACUGGGUGAGAGCGGUAGAGAGAUGGAUUCAUGUCCUCUGAUUCAGUCACAGAGCAUUAGGAGGACUAUGUAGGAAUAUAAACUAUUUAUUGGAAUAGUUUAGUUUACUGUUUUUCUUUGUUUGUCCUAGUCCUGUCUGUGUCUGUAUCUCUCUUUCUCUCUCUCGCACGCUCUCUCUCUCUCUCUCUCUCUCUUUCUGUCUCUCUCUCUCUCUCUCUCUUUCUGUCUCUCUCUCUCUCUCUCUCUUUCUGUCUCUCUCUCUCUCUCUCUUUCUCUCUCUCUCUCUCUCUCUCUCUUUCUAUCGCUCUUUCUAUCGCUCUUUCUGUCUCUCUCACUCUAACUCUGUAACUGUCUGUCUGUGUGUGUGUGUGUGUGUGUGUGUGUGUGUGUAUGAAAUCCCAGAGAGUAAACUCACCAACCUAUACCAGUUAUAACUGCUAACAGACAGCAAUCACCUUACAGACUUGUACCGGAAAGAAGAGGUCGUCACGGUAACUGCAGCAGGGGGAACCAUCCAGAGCCCCCGCUUCCCUAACGCCUACCCCCGGAACCUGCAGUUGUCAUGGAAACUACUGUCUCCCCACAACACCCGCAUCACCCUGGAGUUUGACUCCCACUUUGCACUGGAGGAACCAGAGAACGAAGUCUGCAGGUGAGAGAGGGAGGAUAGGUAGAGAAAGAUUGAAGCGCCAGGGAGAGAGAAAGUUAGCUGAGUUUGUUAUGGAUGAAAAGGGAGAUUUGAGUGAAGAGAGAAGGCUGGCAUCCCUCUGAUGCGGGUAUCGACAUCUACAGAGACUAAAGAGUGGAGGGAGGGAUGAAGGUUGCUUUCUUUGCAGUAAUGAAGAAUAUGUCCUUGAGGGUGAGGAGAGAAUAUAAUUUGAAUCCCCAAACCAAAGGCAUCUGUCUUUGUAAGCACUUUAGACAAGAGAGAGGGGAGAGAAACAGAAAGAGAGAGAAUGUGAGGGAGAGAAACAGAGAGAGAGAGAGGGAGGUGACUGCUCUCCAACAAUUAUCCCUUUUCUAGUGAACAGUGAUGAUUAAUUGAUUAAUUAAAUCCAUUGAUUGACAGGUUAGUGACCCCCUCCUCUCCCCCUUCGCUUGUAGGUAUGACUUUGUGGAGGUGGAGGACAUCUCAGAGACCAGUACUAUUGUCUGGGGGAGAUGGUGUGGUCAUAGAGUCCCCCCUCAUCUCACCUCCAAAACCAACAUCCUCAAAGUCACCUUCAAGUCAGACGACUACUUCGUGGCCAAGCCUGGCUUCAAACUCCACUACUCUCUACUGGUGAGUGAACAUCAGGAUGUGACUGCAUCUCGUUCCACAAAGAUGGUGUUGAAACGUAAAGAUGUAAAGCUGGUGUUAUAACUGCCAAUUAAUCUCUUAUGUCAUCCUUAUGACAGUCUAAUGUAGUCUGUAUGACAGAGGGUUCAAGUACGGUGCUACCAAAAUCCUUCCUGAAUUAGGAGAUGACUAAACCCAUUCUUUUGAAAGAUGUCUAACUUGACAAAAGAGGAGGGAGAUGGAGGGAGGCUGAGUAUGUGCUCUUUAAAAGGCCCAGUCUGGAUGAGAAGAUUAGCUUUGUCACAACGUCAGUAGUUGGAUAGUGGAGGAAGAUUUAGAUGUGGAGAUGUUCCCUUGGUUUUCAAACACAUUAUCAUCACUGAAGAGACAGACAGGUUUUUAUUCUGCCCUUUAAAGCAUUUGACUUUAAACACACAUUAUCCCAUACCUCUCUGCACUCCUCUCCAUUCUUAAAGAUUCUGAAAGUCUCCUUCUCUCUCUCCUCUCUCUCUCCCCCCUCUCCUCUCUUACCCUCUCUAUCUCCUCUCUUCUCGCUCUCUCCUCUCUUCUCGCCUCUCCCGUCUCUCCUCUAUGCAUCCCGAUCUUUCCUCUUUUCUCUCCCUAUCUCGACAUGUCUCAACUCCCCUCGCUCACUCCUCUUCCCUUUCUCUAUAUCUCCCCCUCUCUCCUCUCUCAUCUCUCGAUCUCUCUCUCCUCCUCUCCCUCUCUCCUAUCGCUCUCCCCUCUCCUCUCCUAUACCUCCUCUCCCUCUCUCCGCUCUCCCCGCUCGCUCUAUAUCUCCUCUCUCCCCUCUCAUCUCUCGAUCUUCUCUCUCUCCUCUCUUCUCUCUCUCUCCUCUCUCUCCUCUCGAUCUCCUCUCUCUCCUCUCUUCUCUCUCUCUCCUCUCGAUCUCCCCUCUUCUCCUCUCUCUCCCCUCUCCUCUGUCUUUCGCCUGGAGAGGUAGGCAUAUGUCUGUUAUUAUUCCUACUCCACAGUGCCUCAUGUUGUUCUUUUUCAUUCCUCUGUCCUUGUGUGUAGCUGCCUGCUGUGUGUCCUCAGCACAGUGACACUGUGUGUGUGUGUUUGUGUGUGUGUGCAACACACUUUCCCAGACAGGGAAGCUGCCAUUAGAUUGGCCUCCCAGUAGCCACCUCCUAGGGCUGUGAGAGGCUUCAUUUAACAGCUCUAAUUUGUUCUGCCCUGCUGUAUAGAUAAGGUGGAGGAGAGGUAGAGAGAGAAAGAGAGGGUGGGGAGAGAAAGGUAGAGAACAGGUGUCUCAGAUCCUAUCAAGCUGACAGCCGAUAACUCCUCCAAAACAAAGAGAGAGGGAGUGUGAGGAGAGAGAGAAAGAGGGAGUGUUACAAGCGAGUGGGAGGGACUCUCAAAGAGGAACUAGACUCUAUCAGUCAUUUGUCAUCACAACCACAAACCCAACCACAAUGCAACUAUUACACAACCACAAUGCAACUAUUACACAACCACAAUACAACUUUUACACAACCACAUGCAACCAUAACACACCCACAAAACACAAACACAUACCCACAAUACAACCAUAACACAAACACAAAACAACAUAACCACAAUACAACCAUUACCAUAACACAACCACAAUACAACCACAAAACAACCAUAACACAACCACAAAACAACAAAACCACAAUACGAUAAGAUAUACUUUAUUAGUCCAUAUGUGAUGGAAAUGUGUCUUCUGCUUUAACCCAACCCCUCCAAUAUAUACACACACACACACACACACACACACACACACACACACACACACACACACAUUCACACAAGCACAACAACAUGACCAUGACCCUGACUGAAUGCUGCAGUGCUUUUCUUAAUUUCCUUAACGAGGAAUCCUCCAGAACCAGGCGGGAAUAUGAUUCAGGAACACUACUCUGUUCCCGGAGACUCCCAGAUGUUGCCAGGCUCUGCAGCUAUUCUGGGACCCACUAAGGUUUUCCCAUAAAUACAUAAAUAGAUAUUCCCAGUAAACCAACACCGUCUGUGGCAAAACGAUACUAAAAGCAUAAUAAUCCCCUCCAGAAAUAUCAUGUCUGAGAGGAGGUCUUACUGACACGUUAUUAGUAGCAGGAGCAUGGAAACAUACUAAAGAAACACAAGUCAAUUAUGGCAAUAUACCUUUUUAUGGCAAUAUCUGUUAUUUAUCUUUUCACCCUGAAAGCACUGCUUCCCAAACCCUUCUUACCCUGUGACCAUCUGAAACCUUUCCUACCCAGGAGGACCUAGUCUAGUGUGCCACGACUCUCCAGCUACCAGACGUGGCUUCAUGUCCCCGUUGACCUACUCUGUAAACUCUAAAGGCACUGUAAACUGUUCUUCCUAUUAAAAGUCCCAGGUGCGUGUGUGGCCCAGGCCCAGCUGUCCCUGCAUUCCCCUCUGAAGCACAGGACUGUGGGACAGUUUACUGAAUCUGAUGGCUUAUGACCUAAUAAGGUCAGAUGCUAACUCUGAUACACAUCUGGGGCUGCUGCAGGGGCCACACACACACACACACACACACACACACAUACACACACUACUCAUUUAUGAGACUCAUAGCAAAGAGGAAGUCUACACACAACACAAGCUCACUACCGCAGCUGUGGAUGAAGUCAGAGGGGUUCCUGUCAAAGCACGUGUGGGUUGCACACGAGAAACAGACGCUGUAAAACAAAAGAUCAGACUGCAUGUUAUGCAGAUGUAUAGUUGUUCCCUCAGGGUCACUUUGAACUUAAUUUAACAGAGCUGAAGGUAAACCAGUAAACAGGGUCUGUGGUGGACCGCUCUAUGAACUGCAGCCUGUGUUUUUAGGAGAGGCAUUACACAGAAGAUCAACCAGCAGCAGGUGCACAUCUGCAAGGGGUGUGUUCACAAAUCACCUUUCACAAACAGUUGAGGGUGGUGGCUCUCCUCUCCUCUACAUAGAGCACCUCAUCUCUCUGUCUGAUGAAGGGGUCGGGGAGGAGAACAGGGCCCAGAUUCACAAAAACCUUCUUAAGAAGACAUUUCUUCUUAACUGCCAUUGUUUUCUACACAAUAGACUUAUGAAGAAAGUUAAGCAAAGCUGCUAUUCCUCAAAAAUGUUAUUGGAAUUGUUCUUGCGUUAUUUCUUAUUUUUCUCCUUUAGCAAACCGUUAAGAAGAAAUUAGAUUCUUGAAAAUGUGUUCUUAAUUCCAAGAUAGCUAAACUCAGGGCAGAGAGAAUAAGCUCAUGAAAGCAAUUGAACAUGUUUAAUUCACUCACAAACUUAAUCUGAAAGUUUCAGUAUUGAUUAUUUUUAACCAAGAAGAUGUUUUAGAACAGUAAUCUCAGUAGGAAAUAUGCUAACAUGAUUGCCAUUGCUAGCUAGAUAGCUAGCUAAAAAGGUUGCCUAGCAACACAUCUUAAGAAGAUUCAUAAGAAGAUAUUUGAGAAGUUUGUAAGAAAAUCAUUACAUCUUAAGAUAUUGUUGAGGAAAAGUCUUUAGAACUUAUUUUUUUCUCUUAAGAAGCUUCUUAAGUUUUUGUGUAAGAAGUGUUUUGUGAAUCUGGGCCCAGGAGAGGAAUGCUGCUCAACCAUUAGGGACUGUCUGUGAACUCUUCUCAGCACUUUGUAGCAAACUCCCAUUAGCACAAUGUUAGACAGAUGAAUUCUGAUCCAACACAGACAGACAGACAUGUCCUGACCAACUCCUGAUCCCAUCACCUGGAAUUAAACCAGGGAUUAUCCUGAUGUUAUCCUGAUGUUCUGACAGGAGUUAUGUAAAUGCACCAGAAUAACCCAAAUACCACUCCUUCAUUAUCUCUCUCCUUCCUUCCUCCAGGAUGAUUCUCCUCCUACAGCAUCCAAGACUAACUGGGAGGCUGUGACCCUGAUGGUGAGUUAGACAUGCAAGCAUGCUCCACACACACAUGCACACACACCUGCACUUACUCAGGAGAAGAGGGGGACUGACUGCAGGUGAGACUCUAAGGUCCCCUGGCCCCUCACAGCCCAGUGUCAGACCCCCUGACCCUCCUGAUCAGCAGUAGGAACAACUCCUGGUCCCAGCAUGGAGAUAGAUAGAGGGCUCUAGUGCCCAGUCAUUAGGCUGAUUAAAAGAUCAAGGUUGUCCCCUGACCUUUGUAAACCUUUCACAGGCACAGUUCAGAGGGCAGCUCAGAUACUGGUGCUGAGCAGUCCAUAGACACACACACAUAUGUCACAUAGACACACUAGAACUCUCUCAAAGACUUAAGAGGACCUUGUGUCCCUGCUCUGAACUUUUGACCCCCCCACCUCCCUCUCCUCCCCUCCUCCAGGAGGACGGUCUGUCAGUGUUGGCUCCAGCGGUGACUGAUGUUCCUCUGACGGCAGCAGCAUUGGACCAGACCAUAGCAGCCUUCAACACAGUGGAACAGCUCCUCCGCCACCUCAACCCUGACAGCUGGAGACAGGACCUGGACAGCUUGUACAGAGAGACAGCCAUGUACAGACCCCGGGCCUACCACCACAACAGCAGACAGAACAAGAGUAAUAACACACACACACACAGGAGCUUACACACACAAAUAAAAGUAAUUUCAAAGGAGGACAUAUUGUGGUCUGUGCUUCAGUGAAGGGAGACCUUGAUAGCACAAAGACUUGAGCCUUCCUCCUUCCCUUGCACCAAGAUGUGUGAGUGUGAGUUUCUUAGUCUGCCAGUACAAAACCUUCAAGGUGAACCUGGGGAAAAUGAGAGAAGCUAAAUAUUCCCCCCAAAAUAAAAUAAUAAUGUGGUCCUCUGUAGCUCAGCUGGUAGAGCACGGCGCUUGUAACGCCAAGGUAGUGGGUUCGAUCCCCGGGACCACCCAUACACAAAUAAAUGUAUGCACGCAUGACUGUAAGUCGCUUUGGAUAAAAGCGUCUGCUAAAUGGCAUAUUAUUAUUUAUAAUAAUUCUCCCAGCUCUUAUAGGGAGACUGGGGCUUGUCGGCAAGCGUAUGUGAGAGUGGUGUAUGUGUGUGUGGUGGAGGGGAAGGUGUGUGAGCAUGAGUGGUGUGUGUGUGUGUGUGUGUGUGUGUGUGUGUGUGUGUGUGUGUGGUGGAGGGGAAGGUGUGUGAGGUUUGUCUCUGUUGCUGCUUGUUGUAGUUGGUCAGAGGUCAGCACAUCUCUUUCCUCCCUCUCAGAGAAAACACAUUGACACUGAGACUGUGUUCAACAGACUGGACCAGACACAUCACAACACUGACUGUGUUCAACAGACUGGACCAGACACAUCACAACACUGACUGUGUUCAACAGACUGGACCAGACACAUCACAACACUGACUGUGUUCAACAGACUGGACCAGACACAUCACAACACUGACUGUGUUCAACAGAUUGGACCAGACACAUCACAACACUGAGACUGUGUUCAACAGAUUGGACCAGACACAUUAACACUGAGACUGUGUUCAACAGACUGGACCAGACACAUCACAACACUGACUGUGUUCAACAGACUGGACCAGACACAUCACAACACUGACUGUGUUCAACAGAUUGGACCAGACACAUCACAACACUGACUGUGUUCAACAGAUUGGACCAGACACAUCACAACACUGACUGUGUUCAACAGACUGGACCAGACACAUCACAACACUGACUGUGUUCAACAGACUGGACCAGACACAUCACAACACUGACUGUGUUCAACAGACUGGACCAGACACAUCACAACACUGACUGUGUUCAACAGACUGGACCAGACACAUCACAACACUGACUGUGUUCAACAGACUGGACCAGACACAUCACAACACUGAGACUGUGUUCAACAGACUGGACCAGACACAUCACAACACUGACUGUGUUCAACAGACUGGACCAGACACAUCACAACACUGACUGUGUUCAACAGAUUGGACCAGACACAUUAACACUGAGACUGUGUUCAACAGACUGGACCAGACACAUUGACACUGAGACUGUGUUCAACAGACUGGACCAGACACAUUAACACUGAGACUGUGUUCAACAGACUGGACCAGACUCAUCACAACACUGUCACUCGCCUCGUUCUCUGUCGUGUCCUGUAUUUCCUCAUCACACCCUUCCCUUCUUAUUAGUUUCUCUCCCCUUCUUCCCUCACUUUCUUGCCUCCUUUAUUUCCUCCUCUCUCCUCUCCUUCUCCCCUCUUUUUUCCCCACACUCUCUCUCUUCUUUCCACACAGUCUCUCUCUCUCUCUUUUUCCAUACUCCCUCUCCUUUUCCUCUCUCUCUCUCUCUCUCUCUCUCUCUCUCUCUCUCUCUCUCUCUCUCUCUCUCUCUCUCUCUCUCUCUCUCUCUCUCUCUCUCUCUCUCUCUCUCGCUCUCUCUCGCUCUCUCUCUCUCGCUCUUUCCUUCUUUCGCUCUCUCCACCUGAGGUAACUCCUGUUCCUGAGGUAACUCCUGUUUCUGAGGGACUUCCUGUUUCUGAGUAAAUAGUUGGGCUUGGCUAAGACUCUGACUACUGUCAGCAACUCCUAUGCGUGUGUGUUGGGUUUAUGUAUCUCCAUACAGAGCUUAGAGUGUGUGAACAUCCGUGUUUGUGUAUGUAGGUUUUUUCAUGUGUGUAUGGUUCUGCGUGUGUGGACAAUUGUGUGCGUCUGUGUAUGUGUGCAUCUGUGUUUGUGUUCGUGUGUGUCUUUGGCAAGAUGGCGCCAAUAGACAUGGCAGCUCUGAUUCUAGCUCCUAAGCAACUUUGCAGUAGAUCUUUUUUUGGUGUGUGUUAUUUCUUACAUUAUUAGCACAAAGUUUUGUGUGUUAUUACAUACAGCCGGAAAUAACUUUUGGAUAUCAGAGCGGCGGUAACUCACCAGCAUUCUGACCAGAAAACCGACUUUCCCAAAUUAGAUCCUUUGUUCGUACCCCCCAAGGCAAUUUAACUUAUCCCAGAGGCUGCGCCAAGACGCCGCCAGUGGAGAAGAGGUAUUCGGAGUGGACUCAGGAGGUGUUCACACCAUCCACCGCUUCCGAGUAUAUUACUCGCUAAUGUUCAGUCCCUGGACAAUAAAGUAGACAAGCUCAGGGCGAGGAUCUCCUUCCAGAGAGACAUCAGGGACUGUAACAUACUCUGUUUCACGGAAUCAUGGCUCUCUCUGGAUAUACUGUCCCCGUCCAUACAGCCAGCUGGGUUCUCAGUACAUAGUGCAGAUAGGAAUAAAGACGGAGGUGUAUGUUUCAUGAUUAACUGCUCAUGGUGUGAUUUGUGGUAACGUACAGGAACUCAAGUAAUUUUGUUCUCCAAAUCUGGAAUACCUCACCAUCAAAUGCCGACCGUAUUACCUCCCAAGAUAAUUUUCUUUGGUUAUCGUCACAGCCAUGUAUAUUCCCCCUCAAGCCGAUACCACGACGGCCCUCAAGGAACUACACUGGACUUUGUGCAAACUGGAAACCGCAUAUCCUGAGACCGCAUUAAUUGUUGCUGGGGACUUUAACAAAGCAAAUCUGAGGAAAACGCUACCGAAGUUCUAUCAACACAUUGCCUGUGGUACUCGUGCUUAAAAAACUCCAGCCCAUUGUUACUCCCCCUUCCGGGAUGGCUGUAAGGCCAUCCCCCGCCCUCCCUUCAGCAAAUCAGAUCACUCAAACAGGAAGUUCCCUUGCUAAGGUCUAUUCAACGCUGGUCUGACCAAUCAGAAGCCAUGCUUCAAGAUUGUUUUGAUCAUGCCGAAUGGGAUAUGUUCCGGGUUGGCCCUGAGAAUAACAUUGACAUAUACGCUGACUGAGUUCAUCAGGAAGUGUGUAGGGGAUUGAUAGAUUUGUAUGUGUAAAGUAAUGACUAAAGUGUUUCCACCCCAAUACUGUAUACAUGUGUAAACUGUGUUAGUUAUAAGACAAUAAAACCACUAACAGGGAAGAUGGGUAGAAACUGUUGGAGAUGAACAUUCCAUAGUAAGGGGGACCUAGAAACUGCUGAAAUAAACAUUCUAUACUGUGGAAAGUCACAGGCCGCCUAAAGGUGGGCGGAGCAAAGUUCCUUUGUGUGAAAGCAUAUAAAAAGGCUGUGUGUGUUUUUAGCGCCAGAGCUCUCAUGAAUAAAAAGACUGACCUAUUGCAGAACGGGACUUUGUUUCAUUCAUUAUUAAACCAGAGCCUUACACCCUCUGGGAAUUAUUCAAAGCUUGAGUGCAACCAUUGAGAUAACAGAAUUCUCAUGACAGGGAUGUUGUUCCCACUGUGACUGUUAAAACCUACCCAAACCAAAAACCGUGGAUAGCAUUCGUGCAAAACUGAAAGCGCAUUUAACCACGGCAAGGUGACUGGGAAUAUGGUUGAAUACAAACAGUAAGACAAGCAAACAGGGGAAAAAGGUCAGUACAGAGACAAAGUGGAGUCGCAAUUCAACGGCUCAGACACAAGACAUAUUUGGCAGGGACUCCAGACAAUCACGGAUUGGGAAAACCAGCCACGUCUCAGACACCGAUGUCUGCUUUGAGGAUAACAGUGCCACCGACGCGGGCUGCUCCCGAGGACUGUGGGUACUUGUUCUCCAUGGCCGACGUGAGUAAGACAUUGAAGCGUGUUAACCCUCGCAAGGCUGCCGGCUCAGACGGCUUCCCUAGCCAUAUCCUCAGUGUUUACGGACAUAUUUAAUCUCUCCCUAUCCCAGUCUGCUGUCCCCACUUGCUUCAAGAUGUCCACCAUUGUUCCGGUACCCAAGAAAGUAAACGUAACUGAACUAAAUGACUAUCGCCCCAUAGCACUCACUUCUGUCAUCAUGAAGUGCUUUGAGAGGCUAGUUAAGGAUCAUAUCACCUCCACCUUACCUCACACCCUAGACCCACUUCAAUUUGCAUACUGCCUCAAUAGAUGCCAUCGCACUGCACACUGCCCUAUCCCAUCUGGACAAGAUGAAUACCUAUGUAAGAAUGCGCUUCAUUGACUACAGCUCAGCCUUCAACACCAUAGUACCCUCCAAGCUCAUCAUUAAGUUUGGGGCCCUGGAUCUGAACCCAGCCCUGUGCAACUGGGUCCUGGACUUCCCGACGGGCCGCCCCCAGGUGUUGAAGGUAGGAAACAACACCUCCACUACGCUGAUCCUCAACACAGGGGCCCCACAAGGGUGCGUACUCAGCCCCCUCCUGUACUCCCUGUUCACCCAUGACUGCGUGGCCAUGCACUCCUCCAACUCAAUCAUCAAGUUUGCAGACGACACAACAGUAGUAGGCCUGAUUACCAACAAUGAUGAGACAGCCUACAGGGAGGAGGUGAGGGCCUUGGCGGAGUGGUGCCAGGAAAAUAACCUCUCCCUCAACAUAAAAAAAAAAAAAAAAAACGAAGGAGCUGAUCAUGGACUUCAAGAGACAGCGGAGGGAGCACGCCCCCAUCCACAUCGACGGGCCGCAGUGGAGAAGGUGGAAAGCUUCAAGUUCCUCGGUGCACACAUCACUAACAUACAUACAAUGGGGGAAAAAAGUAUUUAGUCAGCCACCAAUUGUGCAAGUUCUCCCACUUAAAAAGAUGAGAGAGGCCUGUAAUUUUCAUCAUAGGUACACGUCAACUAUGACAGACAAAUUGAGAAAAAGAAAUCCAGAAAAUCACAUUGUAGGAUUUUUUAUGAAUUUAUUUGCAAAUUAUGGUGGAAAAUAAGUAUUUGGUCACCUACAAACAAGCAAGAUUUCUGGCUUUCACAGACCUGUAACUUCUUCUUUAAGAUGCUCCUCUGUCCUCCACUCGUUACCUGUAUUAAUGGCACCUGUUUGAACUUGUUAUCAGUAUGAAAGACACAUGUCCACAACCUCAAACAGUCACACUCCAAACUCCACUAUGGCCAAGACCAAAGAGCUGUCAAAGGACACCAGAAACAAAAUUGUAGACCUGCACCAGGCUGGGAAGACUGAAUCUGCAAUAGGUAAGCAGCUUGGUAUGAAGAAAUCAACUGUGGGAGCAAUUAUUAGGAAAUGGAAGACAUACAAGACCACUGAUAAUCUCCCUCGAUCUGGGGCUCCACGCAAGAGCUCACCCCGUGGGGACAAAAUGAUCACAAGAACGGUGAGCAAAAAUCCCAGAACCACACAGGGGGACCUAGUGAAUGACCUGCAGAGAGCUGGGACCAAAGUAACAAAGCCUACCAUCAGUAACACACUACGCCGCCAGGGACUCAAAUCCUGCAGUGCCAGACGUGUCCCCCUGCUUAAGCCAGUACAUGUCCAGGCCCGUCUGAAGUUUGCUAGAGUGCAUUUGGAUGAUCCAGAAGAGGAUUGGGAGAAUGUCAUAUGGUCAUAUGAAACCAAAAUAUUACUUUUUGGUAAAAACUCAACUCGUCGUGUUUGGAGGACAAAGAAUGAUGAGUUGCAUCCAAAGAACACCAUACCUACUGUGAAGCAUGGGGGUGGAAACAUCAUGCUUUGGGGCUGUUUUUCUGCAAAGGGACCAGGACGACUGAUCCGUGUAAAGGAAAGAAUGAAUGGGGCCAUGUAUCGUGAGAUUUUGAGUGAAAACCUCCUUCCAUCAGCAAGGGCAUUGAAGAUGAAAUGUGGCUGGGUCUUUCAGCAUGACAAUGAUCCCAAACACACUGCCCGGGAAACGAAGGAGUGGCUUCGUAAGAAGCAUUUCAAGGUCCUGGAGUGGCCUAGCCAGUCUCCAGAUCUCAACCCCAUAGAAAAUCUUUGGAGGGAGUUGAAAGUCCGUGUUGCCCAGCGACAGCCCCAAAACAUCACUGCUCUAGAGGAGAUAUGCAUGGAGGAAUGGGCCAAAAUACCAGCAACAGUGUGUGAAAACCUUGUGAAGAAUUACAGAAAACGUUUGACCUGUGUCAUUGCCAACAAAGGGUAUAUAACAAAGUAUUGAGAAACUUUUGUUAUUGACCAAAUAGUUAUUUUCCACCAUAAUUUGCAAAUAAAUUCAUUAAAAAUCCUACAAUGUGAUUUUCUGGAUUUUUUUUUCUCAUUUUGUCUGUCAUAGUUGACGUGUACUUACGAUGAAAAUUACAGGCCUCUCUCAUCUUUUUAAGUGGGGGAACUUGCACAAUUGGUGGCUGACUAAAUACUUUUUUCCCCCACUGUAUAUGCAACCAAUAAGAUUUGAUUUGAUCUGUAUGUGUGUGUGUGUUGCGGCACUAGCAGGGUUGCUGCAUGUCUUUGGUAGGCUGUACCCACAUCAGACUCUAAUUGGAAAUUCAACCUGUGCAGCCGAGCAGAAAUGUUCCCUAGUCAGCACCUAGCUUUGUUUUCAUUAACACACACACAUAUAGACACACACACACACACACACACUCCUGUCUCUCACCUUUGUUUUCAAUAAGGUGGUGGGGAACAAAACAAUCUUAAUGCUCUCCUCAAGCCAUGUUAUCAAGGAACGCAGAGCUAAGCCUCUUCCUGGUGUACAGAACCCAGUAACCCUGCUUACACACACUCACAUACGGACACACACUCACACAUACGGACACACACACUCACACAUACUUUACACCUGCUCACACACACACACACACACACACACACACACACACACACACACACACACACACACACACUAUUCAUUUUCUCUGGAGUGUGUGAGUGACAUACUCAUUCUGUUCGGCGCGCUCUCUCAGAGACAGUAUCAGAGCAGUGUUCCACACCACUGCCUUUUGUAGAUUACACUCAUUCUCCUAGAACACCCCUACACGCACACACGCCCCCUGCCCUGUUGUACAACAUUAGGACAGUACAGGGUCUGUCAGCUCGGUGAAUCUAUGGAGCAUAAAGCUGCUGUCUCGACAGCCAGGUCACUCACGAUCCAAGGCGAAAUUCGACAUCUGUCCAGGUACCCUGGAUGUCGGGAGAUGGCUUAAAAAACGCCCACUAGGGGCAACGGUGAGCGCUAUUACCAAUAGUAGGGUGUUGUGGCCGUAAGCCGAAGCUCCGGCUCUGAGGGUCUUGUGUUCAUUUGACUUUUAGAGAAACUUCGAAAUGUGAUGUUUGGACAAACAUCGGAAUAUGAAGUCAAAUUGGUAAAACCCUGAGAUCUUGUUGGUCUCAAUGCAUCAUUUCUCACUCUCUGAUAGGCUAGCUGGAGCCCCCGCCACAGCACUUACACCCAUCCUCUCAUAUCUACAUGAUGUGGUAUUAGGGUUGAUAACUGCUACUGUAGAAGCUGUUCCGUCUGUUUCCAAUGGUGUCCUGAUUUAGCCUUUGCACGCAUGCUCACACACACACACACAACCGUACACACGUACGCAUGCGCACACACACACAUACAGUAUGCUGCCCAUAGGGCCUAGGCUGACUGGUUUGCUUGCUAGCACGCUAACCAACACUCCAGGAAAAGCCUAUUGCUUGCUAGCACGCUAACCAACACUCCAGGAAAAGCCUAUUGCUUGCUAGCACGCUAACCAACACUCCAGGAAAAGCCUAUUGCUUGCUAGCACGCUAACCAACACUCCAGGAAAAGUCUGCCUACACAGACACACUACACAUGGAUUAGAGAUCUUACUGUCUGUGACACACACACACACACACACACACACACACCUAGCAGACACCAACCCCGUCUCUUCCUUAUUCUUUUUCUGUUAUGUCUUCUUUCUUUGACUCUGCAACUGAUAAUGCUUAAGUGCUAGGAAAAUGCAUUCUCUAUAUGGUCAAAACACAAAACCAAUCAAUUGAACCACUUACAUGAAACAAUCAAGAUUAGUUUUCUUGAACAAUUGUUUAUUGAUUAUCAAUGUCAUUUAAUAUUCUCUCCCACCUACAACCCUCCCCCUCUCUAUUCACCCCUCCCCUGUCUAUUCACCCCUCCCCUCUCUAUUUACCCCUCCCCCCUCUAUUCACCCCUCGCCUCUUUAUUCACCCCUCCCCUCUCUAUUCACCCCUCCCCUGUCUAUUCACCCCUCGCCUCUCUAUUCACCCCUCCCCUCUCUAUUCACCCCUCCCCUCUCUAUUCACCCCUCCCCUCUCUAUUCACCCCUCCCCUCUCUAUUUACCCCUCCCCCCUCUAUUUACCCCUCCCCCCUCUAUUCACCCCUCGCCUCUUUAUUCACCCCUCCCCUCUCUAUUCACCCCUCCCCUCUCUAUUCACCCCUCCCCUCUCUAUUCACCCCUCCCCUCUCUAUUCACCCCUCCCCUCUCUAUUCACCCCUCCCCUCUCUAUUCAACCCUCACCUCUCUAUUUACCCCUCCCCUCUCUAUUUACCCCUCCCCUUCUCAUUCAGUUCCAUUAAUUUACAUUCAGAUGCUUUGUUGAAAUAAAACAAUGUUGCCAAUAUAGUUAAUGCAAAGGUAUUAACUGUAAAUACAAAUUGCAAUCAGCAAUCAAUGAUGUUCCCUCCUCCGCUUCUCCCUCCCUCCCUCUCUCCCCCAUAGUUGACCUGGACCGUCUGUAUGAUGACGUGAAGCGCUACAGCUGUACACCUCGGAACUACUCUGUCAACCUGAGGGAGGAGCUGAGGGCCACCAACGCCGUGUUCUUCCCACGAUGCCUACUGGUGCAGCGCUGUGGGGGGAACUGUGCCUGUGGGACGGACAGCUGGAACGGCUGUACCUGCAGCCCGGCCAAGACCAGUGACAAACUACACGAGGUACAUACACCAUGCCCUGUUAUGUAGCAUUAGGAACGGCUGUGGUACGGAUGUACCUGACAGACUGUAGGCCUAGCACUACAUCAACAAUCAGACAGCACUGCAGUACCAGUCUAUCUCUCCCUCCUUUUCACCUCUUCUGUCGUCUCUCUCUCUCUUCUGUCAUGGAAACGUUGUCUGGAAGCAUCUGCCUCUGUUUAUGCUGCAGGGGUUUGGGUUUGUUCGGUGUGGUAGUCAUUUCCUGUCUCCUAUCUGUAGCCUCCCUCUAACACGUUGACCAAAUAAGAUUAAGAUCAUAUUAUUUGUCAAUUGUACACAAGGUCCAAACCGAAAUUUGACUUCUACUUUAUCCCAACCCCUCUGAAAGACACAUGUACAUAUAGAGGUUGGAGCAGGGGACUGUUACAUACAGUUGAAGUCGGAAGUUUACAUACACCUUAGCCAAAUACAUUUAAACUCAGUUUUUCACAAUUCUUGACAUUUAAUCCUAGUAAAAAUUCCCUAUCUUAGGUCAGUAAAGAUCACCACUUUAUUUUAAGAAUGUGAAAUGUCAGAAUAAUAGUAGAGAGAAUGAUUUAUUUCAUCACAUUCCCAGUGGUUCAGAAGUUUACAUACACUCAAUUAGUAUUUGGUAGCAUUGCCUUUCAAUUGUUUAACUUGGGUCAAACGUUUCGGGUAGCCUUCCACAAGCUUCCCACAAUAAGUUGGGUGAAUUUUGGCCCAUUCCUCCUGACAGAGCUGGUGUAACUGAGUCAGGUUUGUAGGCCUCCUUGCUCGCACACGCUUUUUCAGUUCUGCCCACACAUUUUCUAUAGGAUUGAGGUCAUGGCUUUGUGAUGGCCACUCCAAUACCUUGACUUUGUUGUCCUUAAACCAUUUUGCCACAAUUUUGGAAAUAUGCUUGGGGUCAUUGUCCAUUUGGAAGACCCAUUUGCGACCAAGCUUUAACUUCCUGACUGAUGCCUUGAGAUGUUGCUUCAAUAUAUCCACAUAGUUUUCCUUCCUCAUGAUGCCAUCUAUUUUGUGAUGUGAACCAGUCCCUCCUGCAGCAAAGCACCCCCACAGCAUCAUGCUACCACCCCCGUGCUUCACGGUUGGGAUGGUGUUCUUCGGCUUGCAAGAACCCCCUUUUUCCUCCAAACAUAACUAUGGUCAUUAUGGCCAAACAGUUCUAUUUUUGUUUCAUCAGACCAGAGGACAUUUCUCAAAAAAGUACGAUAUUUCUCCCCAUGUGCAGUUGCAAACCGUAGUCUGGCUUUUUUAUGACGGUUUUGGAGCAGUGGCUUCUUCCUUGCUGAGCAGCCUUUCAGGUUAUGUCGAUAUAGGACUUGUUUUACUGUGGAUAUAGAUACUUUUGUACCUGUUUCCUCCAGCAUCUUCACAAGGUCCUUUGCUGUUGUUCUGGGAUUGAUUUACGUUCAUCUCAAGGAGACAGAAUGUGUCUCCUUCCUGAGCGGUAUGACGGCUGCGUGGUCCCAUGGUGUUGAUACAUGCAUACUAUUGUUUGUACCGAUGAACGUGGUACCUUCAGGCGUUUGGAAAUUGCUCCCAAGGAUGAACCAGACUUGUGGAGGUAAAAAAAUAAAAUAAUCUGAGGUCUUGGCUGAUUUCUUUAGAUUUUCCCAUGAUGUCAAACAAAGAGGCACUGAUUUUGAAGGUAGGCAUUGAAAUACAUCCAUAGGUACACCUCCAAUUGACUCAAAUUAUGUCAAUUAGCCUAUCAGAAGCUUCUAAAGCCAUGACAUAAUUUUCUGGAAUUUUCCAAGCUGUUUAAUCGCACAGUCAACUUAGUGUAUGUAAACUUCUGACCCACUGGAAUUGUGAUACAGUGAAUUAUAAGUUAAAUAAUCUAUCUCUAAACAAUUGUUGGUAAAAUUACUUGCACAAAGUAGAUGUACUAACCGACUUGCCAAAACUAUAGUUUGUUAACAAGACAUUUGUGGAGUGGUUGAAAAACGAAGUUUUAAUGACUCCAACCUAAGUGUAUGUAAACUUCCGACUUCAACUGUACAUAUAGAGGUUGGAGCAGGGGACUGUUACAUUUGGAGAGGUUGGAGCAGGGGACUGUUACAUACAUAUAACGGCUGGAGAGGUUGGAACAGGGGACUGUUACAUACAUAUAACGGCUGGAGAGGUUGGAACAGGGGGCUGCCACACUGGAAGCCAGUGGAGCAGGUGUUGUGGGGGUUUAGUGCCUUGCACAAGGGCAUAACGGGCAGCAAUGGCAUUUAGGAUUUGAUACCAGCAACCCUCCGGUUGCCAGCUCACAUCCCAAUAGAUUUUUCCAGUCAAACCCCAGAUUCAAAAUGGCAACACUCCGGUUGAUGGCUCUCCUCGCUAACCGCUAGGGUUAACAGAACCCUCCUCCCCAGUGUGUGUGUGUGUGUGAGAACAGACUGUGAAUAUAGCUGUUAUGAGGUUUGAUACAGGAGGGAGGGAGGGAGGGGAUAACUAUUAGAUAGGGGAUAAUUAUUAGACGGGAUAACUAUUAGACAGGGGAUAGCUAUUAGACAGGGGAUAGCUAUUAGACGGGGGAUAGCUAUUAGACGGGGGAUAACUAUUAGACAAGAUGUUAGCAAGCCAACAUGCAUCUCAUUGUUUUCCAUUGAAGUCAUUUUCUCCCCUCUCCUCUCCUUGCCCCUCCCCUCCCCUCUCCUCUCCUUGCCCCUCCCCUCUCCUCUCCUUGCCAUCUCCCCUCUCCUCUCCUUGCCAUCUCCCCCACCUCUCUUGUAUUUUUUCCUCUCUCACUUCUCCUCCCCCCUCUCCUCUUCUCCAUCACGCCCCUCUAGGUGUUGAAGUAUGCUCCUGAGGUGGGAGGUUAUUUGCGACGUCAGACAGCUCGUGUCCGCUGGGCCCUAGAGGAGGUCCACUUGACGCACCACGAGCGCUGCGACUGUGUUUGUCCCUCCAGACCACCCCGCUGAGAGACAAUGGGACAAGGGGACACAGCUCUGGGACUAACUGCUGUUUAUAUCUCCAUCUCUCGCUCUCUCGCUCUCUCUCUCGCUCCACUGCCAUCCAUCCACAUACCAACCUGUUACAAACGUAGU